AUGUCUGAACAUCCACCAACAGAGGGACCGGCGUAUCCUCACUUUGCCAUGAUCUAUAUCGAUGGGGAAGGAAAUCUUUGCCAACGCUCUUCCGACUCAGUUGCGGAGAAUAGGCAGGAUAUUUUCUCCCCUACCGUGAUAGCGGAGUUCUUACGGGCCGUGGCGAGAUCAAGAGAGUCACAGGGCGCGCAAUUCCAUGUUCCCAUUCCUGUGCAAUCUACACAGGCACCAUCUUUUAACCAGCACAGCUCCACUCUGCCACAAGGGGGGCUUGUGGUCCACAGUGGAAUUGGUAUGACUGGCGAGGAGAGAAGCAGGAUUCCCACCGAGCAAGGCUCACUUCCCCAGUCUGCGAUGUGGCCACAGCCAAGUAAGACUUGGUCGCCUCAACAAGAACAAGCAGCCAUCAACCAACCCAGAAGGAGGCACUUUGGGGGCCGAAGCUUGAACUUGUCUUCACAUCAGAGUGCCUCAAUCUCCGUCAAAGAGCCCGAAAUCUUGCGUCUGUACUAUGAGAAGGUUUUCCAAAAUCUCCAGCAAACAAACUGUCGGGUCAUCGCGAAAGCCUACAUCAAGUUGGUUGAGCCCCGCAAACAGGUGAAUUACCCUUACAAUGGACGGAAAACUGUCGACGGAAGAGUUCAGCAGCUCGAUCCAGAGGUCACUAAACCGCCUUGGUGGCCGAUCGGAGUCUGUCACCGGGAGCCAGAUCAUCUUCCCAAAGUCGAACGCAUUCGUCUCCUAGUCCACAUCCUUUGUGACUUGCGUGAAAGCAACGGAGUCACUGCCGCCAGGCUUAAGGAAUGUGACCAACCUAUUCGACGUCAGAUUCUCCCCGUCGAUCGAUUGCAAAUUUUGGACGAGAUGUAUCGAGUGCGAGAGACAGAAGAGAGAUUUUUAGAUGGCAUUUUAGACAGCGAGCCCAGCGUGUUGAUUUCACGUGCAAACCUCCCCCAGAUAAUAGAAGAUGCAUCCAGCGGACAAAGCUCACCCUUAGAGCCGGACCAUACCCACGUCGCGAAAUCCGAGUGCAGCGACGACGCCCCGAGAAUUAAUACAAGCCAAGUCAUAAUGUCCGCAAAAGACCUUCAAAAGAGGCAUUCAUACUAUUCGCCCGGUCCCUAUACUCCUACCAUGUACCCGGAUAUGCAAACCAGCCCCGGCAUGCAGCACCAGACCUCCGAGACCUCUCCACACGCUUCAACAUCGCCACAGGAACUAAAACGAAAGCGCGAGUUAUCCUCUGGCACAUGCUUGGCUGAUCGUACGCGUCAAGCUGGCAUGGUUCAAUACCUAUACCCUGGACAUUCUGGUGUUCAACAGCCCAUGGAGCUAUACCCUCAACAAGUCAUUCCCCAGCAAGCAGUUCAAGCGGUUGCAAUUACCCAGCCGACAGCAGAAGUGCUACCGGCUGAACUUAUGAUGCCAUAUGGAUAUCCAUUUUACUAUGGCUGCUGA